AUGAUUUGCCCGUUCCUCAAAGGCGCUUAUGACCAGCCACUCACAGGCCCGUCGGAGUGUUGGUUCUGCAAGGCGCAUCAAUGUGAUUCGACCUGCUGCAGCUCGGGCGCUUUCUCUUUCCCAUUCUCAUUUCCUCUCGGUUCUGGCCAGGGCCUCGAAAAAGCUAAGCGGACUAGUGUAAUGCACUUAGCUGCGAGCGAUGAGCUGGCACCCCAUCUGGACGAAUUGUGGGCUAAUUAUGUGACGGGCGGUCUUUUACACCUCUUCUCUCGCAAGGAGAGAGCGAAGCGAAAGCAACAGUCCCAGCAAGCCGAGCAACUAGCGCCGCUCCAAGUGCCUCCAGCGUAUAAAUCGGACUUUUAUGAACCGCUGAAUGGGCCCCGCUCUGCAUAUCCCCGGCCGCUAUCCUCCUUCGCUCCGGAGUUCAGUCGCCAGGCCCACUCCUCGGCCCAGAAUCAGCACCAUAAUGUCCAUGGGGGUUACUAUCCCCACCAGUCUGGCAGUACCAGUCAUGCCAAUCAAUACGGUCAAUAUAGCCACCAGCAACAAGCAUACCAAUAUCACAAUCAGAUCCCGCAGUACCACCACCAACAACUCCCACGCGCAUCCUUCGAUGUACCUCGAUACCCGGCCCUCCCAACCUACGACCCAUCCAAGUACCAACCCAUUCAACCAUCCCUGACACCUACCGCCGAUCGAUUCGCCUUCCACUACCCUAAUGCCAGGGGUCAAACCUCCCGUCUGAGCGAGGUACACUAUAAUGAUUCGCGACCCUCGUCGAUCUACGUUCCGCCCCAAGCAGCUCCGGACUUAUCCUCCGCACCACCAAUGCCCCAGCGGAGAAUGGCCGCGCACGCUCGAACUCAGUCUAUCAUCCCAUCUUCCGGCGCUUCGGCCGGACAGGGCUCGUCCAGAUCGGGGGAUGGGAGGGAGCGGAGUGUCUCUGAACCAAUGCCCGCGGGUGAUGGACAGGGGAGUCGGGGGCCACGACGCCCUAAACCGGUGCUUUCACGGCUGAUUACCAACUUCGGCUAA